CAUUUCGCAGAAGAAGAGGCUGCCCUAUUACGGUGAUACAGCGACUUUGUCCAAGUUCCGAGUAAACACAUUUCAGUGCUCUAUAACAACAUGCUUUCGGCUCAGGCCUUUGGCGAUCCGGACAAGAUGAAGGACUAUCAUUAUACCGGUCCAGUGCAGCAUCGUUUCUCACCGUACACGUUUAACGGCGGGACUGUACUGGCUGUGGCUGGGGAAGACUUUGCCAUUGUGGCUUCUGACACCAGGCUCAGCGAAGGCUACUCGAUUCACAGCAGAGAUUCCCCGAAAUGUUACAAAUUAACAGACACGACUGUCGUUGGCUGCAGUGGUUUCCAUGGUGACUGCCUGACACUGACAAAAAUCAUUGAUGCCAGACUAAAGAUGUACAAACACUCCAACAACAAGACGAUGACAAGCGGGGCCAUCGCUGCCAUGUUGUCCACCAUCUUGUAUGGCAGGAGGUUCUUCCCCUACUACGUUUACAACAUCAUUGGAGGGCUUGAUGAAGAGGGCAGGGGAGCAGUGUACAGCUUUGAUCCAGUGGGAUCCUACCAGAGAGACACCUACAAGGCUGGAGGGUCAGCUAGUGCCAUGCUACAACCGCUGCUCGACAACCAGAUUGGUUUCAAGAACAUGGAGGGUGUGCCACACGUUCCUCUUAGCCGUGAAAAGGCAGUUCAGCUGGUCAAAGAUGUGUUCAUCUCGGCUGCAGAAAGAGAUGUUUACACCGGAGAUGCCCUUAUGAUCUGUGUCAUCACAAAGGACGGAAUCACGGAGGAGACACUCGCACUGAGGAAGGACUGACGGAGAGGUGUAUUAUUGUUCCCUCUUCGUCUUCUUGCCUCCUGUAGUGCCGCUUUCUACAUUCACUCUGCUACUUUGGUUGCUUGACUGCAGAUUGUAUGUAACAUGAGUGUUGAUGCACGUCUUAAACAAUAUAUUCACUUUUUAAUUCAUGUAUCCAUAAUUAGUCCCUUAAUUCCUGUUAUCAUAACCUUUAUUGAAUUUGUGUUCCAGAAACCGAAUCCUUCAUCAACACUCUUGUUGCACUAAAUCUGCCCCUCUUGUUUAAAAAUGUCCCAUUUUGAAACGCAACCUAACGGCUAUU